CAAAGAAGAAGAUGUGUAGCAGGAGGAAGUAGUAGAAGAAGACGAAAAGGUUCGUUUGUUGCUGAGGCCUGCACAUCUCAUCUUUUGCAUUCUUUCAUUUUUCUUAUCUAUCCCAACAAUAAAAUAAGAACACAGACGAACAUCGGAAGAUGCCUUUGCCUGUGCAAGUGUUUAACUUUCAGGGCUCUGUUGAGCCCAUGCAGAUAGAUGCAGAUCCUCAAGAUGACCCGCAGAAUGCUCCAGAUAACAGCUACAUCGUAGAAAACCCAACACUGGACCUGGAACAAUAUGCUACUAGCUACAGUGGAUUAAUGCGGAUUGAGAGGCUUCAGUUCAUUGCUGAGCAUUGUCCUCAGCUUCGAGUGGAGGCACUGAAGAUGGCCCUCACGUUCGUCCAGAGAACUUUCAAUGUAGACACAUACGAAGAGAUCCACCGCAAGCUAACAGAAGCCACAAGGGAUGUUCAGGGCGUGCCUGACACUGUUCCUGAUGGAGGAGUUCUGCCUCCACUGGACUCAGCCUGGGCAGAAUCCACCAGGAAAAAGGCUCUGCUCAAACUAGAGAAGCUGGAUACAGAUCUGAAGAACUAUAAAGGCAACUCAAUCAAAGAGAGCAUCAGAAGAGGCCAUGAUGAUUUGGGGGACCACUACCUGGACUGUGGUGACCUCAGCAAUGCCCUGAAAUGUUACUCCCGUGCCAGAGAUUACUGCACCAGCGCUAAACAUGUUAUUAACAUGUGUCUGAAUGUCAUAAAGGUGAGUGUUUACCUCCAAAACUGGUCGCAUGUGCUGAGCUAUGUGAACAAGGCAGAAUCCACACCAGAAAUUGCAGAGCAAAGAGGGGAGCGAGACAGCCAGAAUCAGACAGUCCUAACCAAACUAAAGUGUUCAGCAGGACUUGCUGAAUUGGCUUCCAGAAAAUACAAACCAGCUGCAAAGUGCUUUCUGCAGGCUUCGUUUGACCACUGCGACUGUCCAGAGCUCUUGUCUCCCAGUAAUGUAGCUGUAUAUGGGGGAUUGUGCGCUUUGGCCAGUUUUGAUAGACAGGAGCUGCAACGUAACGUGAUCUCUAGCAGCUCCUUCAAGCUAUUUCUUGAAUUAGAACCUCAGAUUCGUGAUAUCAUCUUCAAGUUCUAUGAGUCCAAGUACGCAUCCUGUCUCAAACUACUGGAUGAAAUAAAGGAUAACCUGCUGUUGGACAUGUACUUGGCUCCUCACAUCAAAACCUUGUACAGUCAGAUCAGAAACAGAGCCCUAAUCCAGUCAUUGACAUCUAUCAGUCGGUCUUGUGGAGAGCCAAUAUCCUCAACCAGAGAAAAAAGUGGGGGAAUGUAUUUCAGUCCCUAUGUAUCGGCUGACAUGACAAAGAUGGCGCAGGCUUUCAACACCACAGUCGCAGCUUUGGAAGAUGAACUUACUCAGUUGAUACUGGAGGGCCUUGUUAACGCACGUAUCGACUCCCAUAGCAAGAUUCUAUAUGCGAGGGACGUGGAUCAGAGGAGCACCACGUUUGAAAAAUCUCUCCACAUGGGAAAAGAGUUCCAGAGACGGGCAAAAGCGAUGAUCCUCCGUGCUGCUGUGCUUCGUAACCAGAUCCAUGUCAAGUCUCCACCCAGAGAAGGGAACCAGGGUGAGCUGACACCAGCCAACAGCCAGACCAGGAUGAGCACCAACAUGUGAAUAAUCUCUGGUUAUGUACAACCAUCCCAGCUCUUCCUAACAAAACACACAAGUAGAAUUCAUUUACAAGUUAUGUUCUCCUAAUAUGGAAGCUAAAAAAUGAUGUGGCAUGGAAACUUAUUGUGAUCACUGUUGAAAUUAAACCUGAAGACAUCAGCUGUAUAUUAUUACUGAAUGAAAUUCCUCUGGAAACGCUUGAUGUUAAACCACAUCAUCAGAAACAAUGUUUUAAAAUAAACCCUGUUCAAAGAA